ACCUAGCCGACGCGCCACCUGAAGCGCGUUUCCAUAUCGAAAUAUUCUCAGUCUUCCCACACUUUUUCUUUGUUCCUCCAUCGACCGUCUGGCUCAGAUAUGCCCGGCCCAGGUCGUCAUAAAUCGAGCAAAUCAAAGCGAAAAGGUCACAUAUCGAUUGCAAAGGCAACACCACCAUCAUAUGUAGGAGAAAUUGAGAAUGCUGACCAUUGGAACGACAUUGUUCUAAUUCUCUGUGACUUCUUCCAACUGCCUGAGCUGACGACGCGUAGUGGACUGAAGAAAGUGCACGACAACUUCGACGCAAUUUUCCUUCGUUUGGAUCAGGCAUGCAAAGAGAACAGUGAGAACGAGAAGAUCGUGGGUGGUAUCAUUGGGAUAUACGCCAAAAUGUGUGCAGAUUCCAUUCUGAGGAAUAAACUGUUCAACAAAGGGUUUCUUCCUAAACUAAUGCCCUUACUCGAUAAGCCGAUUUCGCGACAUAUGGCCCUUCGUUCCCUCAGUAGUGUCGCGCACCAUGGUUCAGAAACUGUCCAUACCGGAAUUGCGAACUAUAUCCCAAAACUCUUGAAAUUACUCGAUGAUCAUCCCAAUGACCCCAUUAUAGCAGAGCUUUCCAUCACCAUCAUCUCCCAUACCGUCACCGAAGUGAUGCGUCAACAUCAAUCCGUAUACGAGCACACUCCUCAUGUCCCAUCUUACCUGAAAAUCCCGCCCAUCCUUCAAUCGAUCGUCAUCCAACUGAAGAAACCUUCCUCGUCCCGUUACCUCAUAGACCAUGCCCUCUCUCUUCUCGCAACACUCUCUUACCACGACGGCAAAAACAUCAAAGCCAACCGUUCUGUUGUAAACUUUAUGAUCGCCGGCCUACGCCACAAAAGCUGGGAAUACCGCUGUAUGUCCCUCAGCGGACUCAUUCGUAUGCAUCUCUACGAAUCAGAAGAAGACGUGCGCCAAUUCGACCCGAGAAUCCUUCUCUCCCUCGCAACGAAACGUUUCCCAGACGAUAUCGUCGACGUCCUCAUGGACUACGGUCAACCAAGAACGGAUCUGUUCCUCACCAUCAAGACAGCUGCAGAUUUCCAAAAGGCGAUGUUGAACGUGGCUCAAUCGCGGGAUGGAGAUAGGCUUUACCCGCUUGGACUUCGCUUGUACGAGCUUAUUAUGCGUACGGAGUUUGCGAUUGGGGAUGGGUAUUUUGAGGUUGAAGAUCCUGUGACAGGCCAGAGGAAACCUAUGGACAUAGGUCUCCCGUUUGCUCGGUGGUCUGAUUCUUUACCUCACUGUGCGAAAGCUAUUCGUGCAAAAGGAAUACCACAGGAGGCAGAUAAGGCUGAUGUUUUGGACAUCAAGCAUAUGAUAAUGAAACAGAAGAUUCGACAAGCCGCGGAUAUGGCUCGGAAAUCACUGGAACGCAAUCCUGAUUUUGCGUAUUACUAUUAUGCGAUCUCGCUCGUCGCAGAUCGUACGGAGGGUCUGAAAGCGGCGAAGAAAGGAAUCAAAUGCAAGCAGACUUCGCCUUUUGUCAAACAUCAACUUCUACAGAGGGCCGUUGAGCAUGCUGGAGAUUUGGGGAUCGCGAUGUUGAACGAUGCGGGGCAUGAUGAGAAGAAGUGGGAGGAGGGUAUUGCUCUUUUGAUGAGCUCGAUGGAAGACUCGAAACAGUAUGCGAGUCAGGCGCCACCGGAUAAUCGACAUAUGAGGAACGUACUAUAUUGGAACGUCCUCUUGGGAAUUGUCGUACGUGGACCGGAUUUGAAGCGCGACCUGGGCGAGUUUGAGGCCGUUCUUAAAAAGGUCAAAUUCACACACGACUUUGCCAGAUUUACAGGGCUCCCACUUCCAAGGACCAACCUCCACCUUGCUCAAGCGACCGUUGUUAACAACUUUCAAGCCGCUCUUGAGGAGUGGGGGGAUGUUGUUGACAACAUGGCUGGCUCAGGAGAACCGCGAAUGGUGGAUUCUGAUAAAGUCGAAGACGAUUUAUCAGCUUGGCUAGAUGAUUUGAGGCUCGAUAAUGGCGAACAAGAGCCUCGCAGGGCACAUCCUAAAAUCAACGCAAACCAUGUCCUGCUCUACCAUUGCUCGUGGUGCGGAAAUCCAAGUGCAGUGUUGAGAAAGUGUUCUGGAUGUGGAUUGACCAGAUAUUGCGAUUCUGGCUGUCAGAAGUCACAUUGGACUGAGCAUAAGAAGACUUGUAAACAAACUUGAAAGUUAUCGGAUCGAUAUUUUGCAGUGUAUUGUUGUACCCCGUGGUCACCGGCGCUCACGACUAUGCGAUAUUGCUGUUGCUGUUCUCCUUGGUUAAAGUGGUGACCGUUGGUAUAAUGAAGAGAAAAGGUUCUGAUCUUGCAAUAUGAUCUGCAAAUGUACAUCAUAUCUUUGCUUUACAAUAGUAUUACCCUGCCCA